AUAGAGAAAAUUGUAUUCUAUUAUUGUAAAAGUUUUUUGUUGAUCUUAGAUCCCUGCAAGGGAGUUUUCCUUCAGUGUUCCUUAGAGCGAAUAGGACGAGAGGAUGGCUUCCAGGAGGAUUCGGUGUUCAUGGCUUCCUGUCUUAGCUCUUCUUUUGGAACUCGUCUUCGGUGCUCAAAAAGCUCCGAAGCCCCCGCAUCUCAUUCUCAUAGUUGCGGAUGAUCUCGGCUGGAACGAUGUUUCAUGGCACAACCCCGAAGUGAUAAGUCCUCAUCUGGGGAAAUUGGCCAGCGAAGGUAUCAUCCUGAACCAGUCGUACGUUCAGCCCAUCUGCUCACCGACACGGUCCGCCCUCAUGGCCUCACGCUACCCCUUCACCAUCGGCAGGCAGGGCGACGUGAUCUACCCUAUGGACCCCACGGGACUCACGCUCAACUACACGAUCCUGCCGCAAGAGCUCAAGAAGCGCGGCUACGACACGCACGCUGUUGGCAAAUGGCACUUGGGCUUCUGCAAGUGGGAGUACACACCUACUCAGCGAGGUUUCGACUCAUUCUACGGCUACUACACGGGGUCUGAGAACUACUACACUCAUUACCGUAACUACUCCUACGCGGGCAAGCAUACAGAAGCCGUUGACCGGAGAGAGUCAGGUUACGACUUCAGAUCCAACACGUCCGUGAACUGGUCAGCGCAAGGCCAAUACUCUGCGUUCCUGUUCGCGGACCGCGUGGACGGCCUCCUGCGCUCACGUAGCCCCGGCACGCCGCUGUUCCUGUACAUGCCCUUCCAGAGCGUCCACGCGCCCCUGCAGGUGCCCCGCAACUACUCCGACCUCUACAAGAACAUUUCGGAUGUCAACAGGAGAACGUACUUAGGUAUGGUGACCGCCAUGGAUGAGGCGGUGGGCAGGAUCGUGACGUCACUCAAGGAGACUGGCCAUUACGACAACUCCGUCAUCGUCUUCACCACUGACAACGGUGGUCCUACAAUAUCAGGGUCCAACAACUGGCCUUUGAGGGGCAACAAGACAACGCUGUGGGAAGGCGGCACCCGCGGCGCUGCUUUCAUCCACUCACCCAUUUUGUCGUACCCUGGAUCCGUCUCCAACAGACUGGUCCAUGUGACGGACUGGUAUCCAACUUUUAUGCAUCUGGCAGGCAUGAGUGAUCCCCAAGGCAUUGAUGGCCUCAACCAAUGGGAGGCUCUGAAUAAUGCUUCGUUGUCUGAUGCGCGGGAUUUUUUCGUGUAUGAUCUCGAUGAAACGAACGGUAUUCGGGCUGCUGUCAGGUGGGGAAGAUACAAACUGAUUGUGGGAGACCCUGGACCUUCCUCUUGGUCGCCCCCAACGCAUAUACAAGAGGUGACCCCAGCCCAGGAGGAAGCAAAAACUACAAACGAAGAACUUCAUGCAAAUUCCAUUUUCUCCACUACUUUCCGUAAAGCUGGAAAGAGAACCAAACGUACCGACGCCGCUUUUAUGCGAAUGGCCGUAGAAUAUUUCACAGAUAGACUGAUGGACAUGAAGGACAUUCUCAAACCCUCUUCAAGACUCACCGAAUCACGAGCAAGCAAUGAAAAUCGCAGAGACGCGACGCACGUCUCCGGGGACAGAGUUCAGAAGGACAAAGUUCUUCAGGAGGAACUGAAGCGUCGCUAUCGCUUGUCUUCAGGAGCCAACCUGCGACUGUCAGACUUCAAAACUGUUCAAGACAUCGUCGUCGCCAACGUGACAAUGCAGCUCUACGAUGUACUCGACGACCCCGACGAACGUUUGGACCUGGCGAAGGUGCGCACUGACGUGGUGCACCUACUGCUGGCGAGGCUGCAGGACGAGCUGCCGCGUUACCACCCCAGGGAGGUGUACCCCGACGCCAUCCUCGCCGCCCCCGACAACUAUGGCGGCACUUGGUCACCUGGCUGGUGCUGAGGCGCUGGCUGUUCAGGGGAAACAAACAUGAAUGUUAAUAAAACUGAAAUUGAACGUGAACAUGUAUGCGUAUGGAGAACAAAAUAGGCGAAGAACUCAACAACGUAAUCUUUUUUUGAAAGCCAAUCUAUAAUUGUCAGAAAAAAACUUUUAGAGAGAUACAAAGAGGAAGUAUUGCACUCAAAACAUAAUAAUAGCGGUUUCAGCGUUUGUUAGGCUGUAGUCCUAUCGCCGAUUCUAAACAUCGCAGAAGAUUCCCAGCUUGUUGCGGCCUUGAACACGCAGCUCAGUGCUCCAAUUCUGCUUGCUGUCAUUUAAAUGCAUUUUUUUUGUUCAUACAGUUUUUUUCAAUAAGAUAGUAUAGUGACUAUGAAGAUGAUAAUGCUGGUGACGGUGAUUAUGAGGAUGGUAAGAUGCUCGAGACUCAAGAGAUGAAUUUUGUCAAGUAUUGUUGGGACUACAGUAAUUCAUCCGUCUCGUCUUUACUGUGUUUCACUCUCAAUGAGUGGCGCCAGUCCGUCAGCGUGGUAGUGUAUUUGAUGAUGUGAGUUGUUAUGAGACAAGCUACACCCAGACGUGAUGGGAACAACUGUUGCCCGAGUGUGGCACGCACUGCUGAGGCGUUAAUUGUACAGGGGUGGAGGUGGGGGACCUAGUGCGUGUAAUUUGGAGCUUUUGGAUAACUGGUGCUGCCUUGCGAUGGCGUCGGGAGGGGAUGUGAGUUGAGUUGGGGAUCAUAUGUUUUGAUGGUGGACCAAGUUUCGUGUAAUUAUUGGUGAAGAACUGUGUUUAUUGUAGGAAUGUCGCAUUGUUCGUGUAGUGUUUGGGAGAACGUGAAGUCAGGUCAAAGUGUGUUUGGGAUUAAUUGCAGGACUUUGUUUUGUACUGUCUGUUAUUUGGAUAUCUUUGAUUUUGAUUGGGUGUGUAACGGUAUUGGGGGUAAAUGAGGGAUGAUCUGACACAGGAGAAGUAUAACGUCCGUUGUAUGUUGGGUGGGAGGUGGUAAAUCUGUGUAUUUUGUGUAGGUUGGUGAGGGCCAUUGUUUUUCUUUUCGCUAUUUGAGACUUGAAGCCGCGUGUAGUGAAGUAUAAAUCUAAAACUGUUCUUCUGUUCGUGUAUGAAUAGUGGGUGUUGUCUAUGAAGAUGUCGGAAGUCUUUCGUCUAAUGAUGAGGAUGAUUUUAAAUUUAUUUGUAUUUGUCUUAAUGAGCCAAUUAUUUUCGAAGGUGUUGAUCUGUUGUAUGGCGUGCUAUGUUUGUAUUGAUGUGUGGUUGUGUGGGUAAUGAAUGUCCUAUUGUUAUUUGUGUUAUGUCAUCUGGAAACGCUAUGUGUUGGUUAUGACUUAUGUGGAGAUGGGAGGUCGUGGGUUGUGAAGCUGUAUAGUGUGGGGAACACACUAUACACUAUACUUGUGGGGACAAGCCUCUUGGGGGACAUCUGUGUGGAGUUGUUUGGGGGAACUAUGCAGUUACCUAUUCUUAUGGAUGCUGUUCUAUCUGUAAGGUAGUCUGAGAGUGUUUUGGUGAAGGACGGGUGAGGGUUGAAUUGAAUGAUCUUGCUUUAGGUACUUCUAUAACUGAAAGCUCAAGAUUAAUGUUGCAUUACGAACACUCUAAUACACCGGACGUUGCUGUCCGGUGUCAAUCUGGCGUCUCAUUAUAAUCAUUAUAAUGUAUGUAAUUUAAACGAAAUAUUCGCUUGA